AUGAAUUAUGCACGAUUCUUGAAUAAAGUCAGCUUGGCUAGGCGACCAUCACCAACAAGAGUUUUGACCAACAUCCUGUUGCAGAGUCCACCAACAAUGAUUUCAAUGGCAACUGGUAUGCCUAAUGCAAAUUUCUUUCCUGUGUUAGAAGGAUCUUUUAAACUCCAAGAUGGCACUUCUAUCAAACUGUCUGGUACAGAUAUGAGACGUGCUCAGCAAUAUUCUCAAUCUCAAGGAAUUCCUGAGCUUUUGGAUUGGUUGAAGAUGUUACAGAAAAAUAUGCAUAAUCCUCCAUUACUUGAUACACCUGGUGAUGAACAAACAAAAAUAAUUGUUACAAAUGGAAGCCAAGAUGGUUUAUCAAAGUUGUUUGAUGCUUUGAUCACUGAACAAGAUCACAUUUUGAUGGAGUCUCCAUGUUACUCAGGAACUAUGUCUAUGGUGAAACCUCUUGGUCCUCGAAUUUUAGAUGUCAAGACAGAUGGGAAUGGCUUAAUUCCUGGACAUUUGAAGGAAAUCUUGUCUCGGUGGUCACCAGAAGAUGCAAAAAACCCUUGCAGUAACAUCCCCAAAGUUUUAUACACUGUCCCCACAGGAGGUAAUCCCACAGGAUGUGGACUGACCUUUGAACGCAAAAAGGAAAUUUAUAACAUUGCCUGCAAAUACAAUUUAUUGAUUAUUGAAGAUGACCCCUACUACUACAUACAAUACACAAAGGACUAUGUACCUAGUUUUCUCUCGAUAGAUGUUGAGGGUAGAGUUGUCAGAUUUGAUUCUUUCUCAAAACUGCUUUCAUCUGGAAUGCGAUGUGGAUUUGUAACUGGUCCAGCUGCUAUCCUAGAUAGAAUUGUGCUUCAUUUGCAAACAUCAGUUUUACACAUCAGUGGAUUAACACAGUUUGUAAUCCUCAAAAUUAUUGAACUUUGGGGCUUAGAAGGAUUCAAGGCUCAUGUUUUAAAAGUAGCUGAAUUUUACAGACAGCAAAGGGAUGUAACUAUUGACGCAGCUGAGAAAUCUUUGAAAGGAAUUGCUGAGUGGAAUGAUCCAACUGGAGGAAUGUUCUUAUGGUUGAAACUUAUUGGAGUGAAAGAUUCUUAUAAAUUAAUCAUGGAGAAAGCUCAAGAGAAAGAUGUCCUCUUUGUACCUGGAAAUGCAUUCAUGUCUACAGACAAUCCAUGUCCCUAUGUGAGAGCAGCUUUCUCUCAAUGUUCUUCUGAGGACAUUUAUGUGGCUUUUGAACGGUUAGCAGCAUUGGUACGAGAACACAGAGGUUAUUAG